UUUCCAUUCUGUAAUGGCUUACUCUAUUAACUGAGAAAGAGAAAGUAGUAGGGCAAAUGUAGUAGAUUUGCUAAAAUUUAAAAUUAUCCUUCUAAUUUUUUUAUCGCAUAACGAUUUUUAUUGAUUUACUUCCUUAAAAGGUUAAAUAUGUGUUGACUAUCAGUAUAUUCUCACACAUAUAAUGGAAGAGCAUACUUGUGAUAUCUGUGGUUAUAAAUUUUCUCUGAGUAGUGAACUAAAACGACAUUUAGUGAUACAUACAAAUGCAAAACCUUUCAAAUGCGAAACCUGUGGCAAAGAUUUUGCGAAAAAGUCGAAUUUAAAAACGCAUAAAUUUUUACAUUCAAAUCAAAAACCUCAUGUUUGCGAAGUAUGUGGAAGAGCAUUUUCCCAAAAAAAUGUAUUGAAGGCUCAUAUGUUUACACAUACAAAAGAAAAACGUUUUGCAUGUGAAAUAUGUAAAAGAAAAUUUUCUCAUAUGUGUUAUUUAAAAUGUCAUUUGCGUGCACAUACGAAAGAGAGUCCAUAUGAAUGCGAUAUUUGCUACAAAGCAUUUCCUUAUAAAAGAAGUUUGAGUGCCCAUUUACUUUCUCACACAAAUGAAAAACCUCAUCAAUGUGAAGUGUGUCAGAAGGCAUUUGUUCAGAAGCACAGUUUAAAUUCACAUUUGCAAAAACACACUGAAGAAGAACUUCAGAAAUACUACAAAGAAGAUUCUGAUAAGAUUUUGCAGUCUGAAAGGAUAGUCCAUGCAUGUGAAGUCUGUGGCAGAGAGUUUCAAAAGAAAUCAAAUUUAAUACGUCAUCUGUACAUACAUUCAGAAGAAAAACCUUAUGCAUGUGAAUUUUGUGACAAAACAUUUUCUGAAGAAAAUAACUUUAAGUGUCACUUACUUAAGCAUACAAGAGAGAAAUCUCAUGUUUGCGAGGUUUGUGGCAGAACAUUUUAUGAAAUGCAUCAUUUACAAUCUCAUUUGCAACAACAUUCAGAAAAAAAGUCUUAUGAAUGUGAAGUAUGUCACAAAGCAUUUGCCCAAAUGAGUGGUUUACGAGCACAUUUUCGUGUACAUGAAAAACAAAAACCUCUCAUAUGUAAAAUAUGUCAAAAAAUCUUUUCUAACAAGGAUGAUUGGCAAAAACAUAAAGCUACACAUUACACAUCUAAAGAGAAACCUCAUGUAUGUGAACUAUGUAAUAAUGCAUUCACAUCAAAGGAUAAUCUAGAUGUGCAUUUUUCUUAUGCACACACCAGUGACACCUCGCGUAUGAUAAGUACAUUACAAAAGGUAAUUUGAAAAUACAUUGGAGUUGAUAUAUUUUUGGAAUUAUUCUUGUUUGAAAAUUUUCUUUUAAGAAGACUUUGUUAUUAGUCUUUCAAGUACAUGAGUAAAGCUUGUAUUAAAUAUAGCAUUUUGUGCUCAUUUAAAUUUGGAGCAUAAAUAUCAUGUACAGAGUUAAAUUCUUGCACCUAUGAAUUAUGAGGAAAAAGUAUACUCUAAUUAUUUAUUUUUUAAAUGUCAUUUAUCAAGCGAUACAAUUCUCCAACAAAUUAGUUUUAAUUCCAUUAUUUUUAUCUAAAAUAAAUCUCUUAAGACAUCUUAUCCCUAAAGGCUUGCAAUUACAAACAAUAUUGUUAAUCAUAUUUUCAUGAUAUUGUGUAACAUUCAGAAUAUUGAGCAGCUUUGCAGAGAUGUCAUAUAUUAUCUUGGACUAACAGGGAUAACUUUGAUGAAAGGAUCAAUUUUAAGUAUUUCAAAGUAAAAUUGUAAAUUAUAUUUUAUUCUUUAUCAACAUGACAUCUAUAGCACUUUUAUGUACAUAUAAUUAUCUGUUUUGAUAAAUUAUGAUAUUAAUAAGAAGUUGGACUUCACUGUUCGCAAUUUGAAUUUUGUUUAUGGGUAACCAUAAUGUUUUAUCUAUUUGCUUAAAGUUGUAAUUAAAAGUCAAUUAAUAUAUUAUUUCAAUUAAUAACAAUUAAAUUUUGUAGCUUAGAGAAGUAGUAACUUUAUAGAGUUCUAAAAUUAAAAGAACAUUGUAGACUUCAGAUAUAUUUCAGUAAAGCUUGAUAUGUUAACCCCUCCCCAAAUAAUCAUUAUGCAUCUUUAUAAUAGCAUAGUGAUCAUCUUGCUGAGGGAAAACUAGACAAUUUUCCCCUGUCAUUUACUUAGCUUUUGUCCUUUUAAUUUUCUUGACCGAUUCUAAUUAUUUUUUACAGUAAUAGCAGUGAAUUACAUUAUUCUGUUAAAGUACUGCAUUUAAAGUGCAAUUCAAUUAUAAAACUAUCUAAGUAUUAAUGUUAUAAAAUGUUAUAAAAAUAUUAUAAAUAUAUUAUAUCAUUAUAUUAUAAAAGUUUUUAGACAUGUUCUGGCGAGUUGCAUCUAAAUAACAAUUGCAAGUAAUCCAGAGUUGGUGAGUUAAAUGUUAAAAAAACAUCAAAAUUUUUUAUGCUUGUUUUUCUUAAAUGUUAAAAUCAAAUUUUAAAAAUAUCAAUUUUAUUGAUGCGUGUUUUGCUUAAAUAUUUAAAUCAAAUAAAAAAAUAUCAAAAUUUUGUGAGUGCUUCUUUUGCUUAAAUCAAAUCAAAGAUAUCAAAAUUUUGUG